AUGGGGUCCGACGACUAUGCUGUUGUCGGUGGCGGCGGCGCCCUAAAACUCAAGGGCGCCAAGGUCAACAAGAAAAAGAAGAAGCGCGACAAGACCGAUCUAGAGAAGAACCUCAGUACCGGAAGCAAGGACGAAGAGAAGAGAAAGAAGAAAAAGGACAAGCAGGAGGAAGAAGAAGAUGAGCCUCGCCACGAGGACGAUGAAGAGAAGCCCGAAGUGCAGAAAACUGAAGCUCAGAAGCGACACGAGGAGAUCAAGAGAAAGAGGUUACUCAAACUCGCCGAAUCAUCUGAUGCCCGACCCGAACUUCUCAAGACGCAUAAAGAACGUGUCGAAGAACUCAAUACAUACUUAUCGAAACUAAGCGAGCAUCACGAUAUGCCCAGGAUUGGUCCUGGCUAA